GAAUCAGGGAGAGGAGUUCUUGUCUGGGAUUCUUUUCAAUGGAGAUGAUGACCAUGUUCAAAGUUUCAAUGACUUGACCAGUCCAAUGACUCAACAAGAAACACAGUAUAGUCCAGAAGAGGUGCAAGUUGUUGGUACUCGUGGUAACAGGGGAACCAAGAGGUCUAAAAAUUUUAGUGUUGAGGAAGACGAACUUAUUUGCGAAGGAUGGUUGAUUGCUAGCAAAGAUCCUAUCCACGGGGCCAAUCAAAACCGUACUGGGUUUUGGGGUAAGGUUCGUGCUUACUUUGAGACCCACAAUAAACAGACAACUCCAAGGACAGAGAGUUCACUUCUGCAUAGAUGGCUCACAAUUCAGACUGUAGUGAACAAGUUUUAUUCCUGUUAUGAAGCGAUUGAUCGUAGAAAUCAAAGUGGUACAACUAUACAAGACAAGAUUGCAAGUGCCCUCAAGAUGUUCUCAGGGGUAGAAACCAAGGAGGGCAAGAAAUGCAGUGUUGUGUCUUGUUGGAACAUACUUAAGGAGGAGGACAAGUGGAAAGCCAAGAGGAUUGAACUUCUACAGUUGGAGAAAGAAGCAUCAGCUGGAAACAAGUCCAAAAAAAAUCUGCGAAAGUGUCUCGACCAAGAGAAGAGGAAGGAACCAACAAUGCACAUGACAAUGAGGCCACCGAUGAUGGUGGUACUGCUGCAGAGACCGGAGCAAGGAAAAGAAGCGAAGGAGUGAAGAAGGCUAAAGCAAACCUCAGGUUUAGGGGUGCCGAAGCUUGUAAAGAGGCUAUUGACAGCAUGUGGGCUAAGAAAGAGGUGGCCGAUAAUGAGAAGGAGAAGGCAAAGAAUGAAUGGUUUAUGCUAUCACAUGAGCUAGACAAGCAAUCUCUGGAGCUAGAGAAGAAAAGAGCUGAAUCGGAGGACAAAAGAGCUGAAGCCGAGUUGAUGAAACAAGAGAAAGAAAUUAUGCUUGCAGACAUGACCUCCCUCAACACGCUUCAGCGUGAAUGGCUUGACAUUAUGCAGAAAGACAUUGUCGCUAGGCGCCGUGGAAAUUAAAUCUACUUCACGUCAUUUGAGCUUAAAUAUUUAGUUUUUGAAAAGUUCAUUCAGUAGAACCUUUGUUUAAAUGUCAUAAAUUUAUUUCAGAACUCAGCAUGGACGUGUGCACUGAAUCUUUUGUUUUCGUUCAUGGAAAAAUAUUUUCAGGAAAUAAAAUGACACUCAUUUAGUUGACUGCAAAUAUAACCCAGGUUAAUACAAUAAAAUCAAAUGUGUUUCUCAGGCUAUGGUUCCAAAAUAAAUUGACAGCAAAUAAAAUCAUAAUAAUAUUCAAAUAUUGUACGAAUAUAAAUCUGGGUGAUGGUUCCAAAGGUGUUCGAUGAGAUCUUCUUUCAACUGCAUAUGUGUGUCUUUGUUUCUGAUCUGCUGAUGUGCUUGAAUAUAUUCAUCAAGCGUGCGAGUUCGCCGGCCA